UUCGAGUAUAGUAAAAUGACAACAUACGGUAGAAUCGAAGCCCAAGAAGCCGACGGGCCCGUCCGAGAUUUUGGACACCCCCGCGAAGCUCGCGGUCAGCGUCGGCCUUUCCCCCCCGCCUCCGCUUUUUGUCGUCUCCUCCGCCGAUUGUGGCUGCAGUUGGCCGACAGCUCCAGCCGCCCCCCGAGUCGUGAAGAAGAGAGAGAGAAGGCGACGGUGGUUGGGGGGCAGUCGUCGUCGGUGUUGCUCGCGGCGGCAAUGGCAACCCUGGCCUCCUUCCUCUCCUCUUCUCCCUCCCUCCCUCGCCUCCACCACCACCACCGCCACCACCUGGUCCGCCGCCACCGUCUCAACUGCCACCGCGGCGUUGACUCUCUCUCCUUCGCCGUUCCUCCCGUUCGCAUCUCCGUAGUAAGCCCCGGGAAGGGCCGGGCCUCGAUCGCCGCCUCCUCGUCGGCGGACGGCGCGUCGGCCGAUGAUCCCGGCCCCCGGGAUGAUCGUCCGUCGGUCGAUUCGCCUCAGAAAUCGGUUCUCUUCGCUUUGAUACAAGAGAUAGAACCGCUAGACGUGAGCCUUAUUCAGAAAGACGUGGCCCCAACUACUAUUGACGCGAUGAAGAGGACGAUAUCAGGAAUGUUGGGGUUGCUUCCGUCGAAUCAGUUUCAAGUAUAUAUUGAAGCUUUGUGGGAGCCACUCUCGAAGUUGUUGGUUUCUUCAAUGAUGACAGGUUAUACACUGAGAAAUGCGGAAUAUAAGCUUUGCCUUGAAAGGAAUCUUGAUACGCAUGAACAGAGCUCUGAAAAUCGGACUGAAGACCGCUCACAAAGUGGCUUGCCAGAAAUUUUACUAGACAGUGCUAGAAAAAUCAACUUUUCUGGAAAGAGCGCGAUAUCACCCAAAUAUGAAAAAGUUAGAGAAGAGACAGUUGAGGAUAUUGAUAGUAAACGUCUAGGCAAACUUUCUCGUGAAGCUCAGAAAUAUAUUCUUAAUUUACAAUCUCGUUUAUCAUCUGCCAAAAAGGAACUACAUGAAGUCAAGAGGAAAAGUGCUGCUCUCCAAAUGCAACAGUUUGUCGGGGAGGAAAAAAAUGAUUUGCUGGACUACUUGAGAUCACUAGAACCGGAAAAGGUGGCUGAGCUAUCAGAACCUUCCUUGCCUGAAUUGAGGGAAACAAUCCACUCGGUUGUUCAUGGUCUUCUUGCAACUUUGUCUCCUAGAAUGCACUCAAAGGGUCCUUCUUCAUCAGAGUACUCGUCAGACGAAGAAGUAUGUUCUGGCAAUGAUGAUUAUCCUGAACUUGUUGAGAAUGUGUCACUCCAGUUCCAGCCAAUCGUCUCAUUAACUAGGGAUUAUCUAGCACGGCUCCUCUUCUGGUGCAUGUUGUUAGGGCACCAUCUGAGAGGCCUUGAAUACAGGCUGGAGCUUGUGGAACUUCUAUCUCUUACAGUUGAUCCUGAAAAUGACGCCCCUGGCAGUAGACAAGUUUCAUGAAGAGUUGGAAGUGCCUCUUCAUUGUUUUCUUCAACCUGUACAAGAAUGCAGGAUAGAAUCACAAGGGAAAUCGUUUACACCAAUGAGACGCAGUCACUGUUCACCUUUCCUCCAUAAAAUGAAUAGAAUUGCCUACGGUAAGUACAUAUAUGUAUGUCAUCAUCAAAAAUAAGUUUUCCCAAUCUGUUAAUGAAAAGCUUCUAAUGAUGAGAACCGAAGCUUAUGUGCA